AGGCUAAUUCUAGCAGCAUUGGUGAAGCAGUGUUAGGAAGUGAGCAUCCAACCAAACCAUGGGAAAUAAGAAGAGCGGAAUGAUCUCUAAGGAGAUCCUUGAUGAUCUGAAAAUGAACACAAAGUACUCUGAGGACGAGCUGGUCAAAUGGUAUGACGCCUUCAAAAAACAAUGCCCCGAUGGACGCAUCGGUAAAGCUGACUUUGAAAAGAUCUAUGCCAAUUUCUUCCCCAACUCGGACCCCAAGGUCUACGCUCGGCAUGUCUUCCGAAGCUUUGACACCAAUGAUGAUGGGACUCUUGACUUCCGGGAGUACAUCAUCGCACUGCAUCUGACCUCAUCUGGCAAGACUGACCUUAAGCUGGAAUGGGCUUUCUCGCUUUUCGAUGUAGACCGCAGUGGAGAGAUAAGCAAGAAUGAAGUUCUCGAAAUCAUUGCCGCAAUAUUUAAGAUGAUUCCUCCAGAAGAACAGAAAGCCCUGCCUGACGAUGAAAACACCCCCCAGAAACGGGCUGACAAGAUGUGGGCAUUUUUUGGCAAGGGAGAUGCUGACAAAAUUGCUGAAAAGGAGUUCAUUGAGGGAGUAAUGAAGAAUGAAGCAAUAAUGGGCCUCAUCCAGUAUACCCCCAAGGAAAAUAAAUAAGAGCUUCCAAGUUGGACAGGAAGCAAAAAGGCAGGGAUGUGAAAAAGCGGCAUGCAAUGAACAGCUAGGGGGAAUUCAAUACAUGUUUCUAUUUGUGUAUCAUAUGAAAGACAAAAUACAACUC